UGGAUCUGAGCUCUGAUUUGCUGCGCAGCCAUGGAAAUCCGCUUGCGAGAAGAUCUACGAUGGAGGUGGUGUUUGUUCUUUGGAUUCUCGGCGAGGGAGGGUGGAGGUAGCAGGUGUUCAGAGUCAGAUGUUAUGGCUUUUGAGGAAUCUUUUUCAGAGUCGUUUCCUCGUCGACUUCGCUGCAGGUGGUGGGGGUGAUAAGGUGGAUCUUGCUAUCACGGAGAAGCGUCAAGAGCUGCUUGAUGCAGGCGGAGAUGGUCCAGUGGUUCUGUUCAUGUCGCUUUGGAGUUGUCCGAGCGAUAAUAGUACGGUAGUGGUCGUCUAUGGCCUCACCAUUUUUCCUCCACCGCUUCUCUCAGUUCACGUCUUCCCUACCAGUGCUCUUCUUCAUGUCCUUGAAUUUCGGCGGCGGUCAACUUCCGGGAGCGUUCUUGUGUUCGUUGAUGUUCCUUUCUCCGCUUUGACCCUGGAGUUUAGAUCUUACAUGUCACAGGUUCUGUCCUUCGGUUCUCAAAGGCAGCAAAUGUCGGAGCAGCCUCGCUCGGUUGGGUCUUAUCUGUUUGGUGUCAUCUUUUGGUCCAGCACAUAUCCCAGUGCUGGUUCGGUCACUUGAUCAUUCGUUAGGUAGUGUUGCUGGUCUACACUUUGUGCAGGUUGA